AUAUUUCUAAUUUUCUUAGUACUAAUGAAUUCUAUUUCGAGCAAACUAAUUUUUGAAUCGUGUUUUAGGUGCUGUACCUGUUGCUCUAUUAAAUAUUCAAAAAGUUCCCGAUAAUCAUCAUAAACUCGAUAUGUGGCAACAUCAAAUGAUUCAUGGCGUUGCUCCAAGAGGUAUAUUAUUAAGGAAUCCAAUUGAGUUGCAAACUCCUCAACGUCUCUAUGAACAGUUAACAAGUGAUUCACAAAUACUAAUUCGAAUGUAA